GUGGCCUCAGGAGACAAGGAGAAGGGAGAGGAACGUCACAACAUCAGCCAUGGGAGGGAACAAGCAAGUGGCGGCAGCGGUGAUGGUGGUUGUCGGUUUGUUUACAUUGCCUGCGCAUGGAGGAGUCGUAUCUUUCGAAAGUCGCGCAAAAAGACAGACAGCAACGCAAGAGACCAAUCUAGUAAACGGAGGAGGCGCUGAAGGAGGAAGUAAACCCAGCUGCCCUGAGUUCUGUCCCUUUGACUACACGCCCGUCUGUGGCAGCGAUGGGGUCACCUACACCAACCCUUGCUCGCUGUCCAUGGUGGGCGUGCAGCAAGCCAACCCUCAGCGCCUCCUACAUGGGGCCCUGCGAUCCCUUCCUGACUCCCGACCUCACCACGACCACCGCCCCCCCUGCCCCUACUACCUCGCCAGCGGCAGGGGGCGGGGCGGACAGUGCCGGGCCCAUGUGCCACGGGGUGUGUUCUGCGUUCUUCGCCCCAGUGUGCGGCAGCGACGGCGUCACCUACAGCAACGAAUGCCAGCUGGAGUUUGCCGCGUGCCUGCUGAAGAAGACCAUCACCGUGGUCAAGAAUAGUGCCUGCGAGGAAGCCUCCACCACCACCACGCCGGCGCCCACGUGCUCGCAGAAGUGUACCCGCAUUUCCUUCCCCGUCUGUGGCAGUGACGGCAAGACCUACGAGAACGUGUGCCUGCUGGAGGUGGCGGACUGUGAGAGCAGAGCCGCGGGCGGCGGGAGCGUCAUUGUCGUCGCGGAGGGCCCGUGUGACGCCCCGGCGGAGGUUUCGCCGCCCGUUGCACCCGUCCCGGAGGCGCCCUCGUGCUCAAAGGAGUGCACCCGUAUCUUCCUCCCCGUCUGCGGCAGUGACGGCAAGACCUACAACAACCAGUGCCUGCUGGAGAUUGCUGACUGUGAGAGCAGAGCUGCUGGCGGCGCGGGCGUGACCCUCGCCUCAGAGAGCGCGUGUGACGCCCCGGCGGAGGUUUCGCCACCCGUUGCACCCGUCCCGGAGGCGCCCUCGUGCUCGAAGCAGUGCACCCGCAUCUUCCUCCCCGUCUGCGGCAGUGACGGCAAAACCUACAACAACCAGUGCCUGCUGGAGAUUGCUGACUGUGAAAGCCGAGCUGCUGGCGGCGCGGGCGUGACCCUCGCCUCAGAGAGCGCGUGUGAAGCCACGAUAAAGGAGCCCGCCCCCCCGGUGCCCACGUGCUCGCAGAAGUGCACCCGCAUUUCCUUCCCCGUCUGCGGCAGCGACGGCGAAACCUACGAGAACGUGUGCCUGCUGGAGGUGGCGGACUGUGAGAGCAGAGCCGCGGGCGGCGGGAGCGUCAUUGUCGUCGCGGAGGGCCCGUGUGGAGCCACGACGGAGGCGUCGCCCGCUGUGCCCACCCCGGAGGCCCCUUCUUGCUCGAAGCAGUGCACCCGCAUCUUCCUUCCCGUCUGCGGCAGUGACGGCAAGACCUACAACAACCAGUGCCUGCUGGAGAUUGCUGACUGUGAAAGCCGAGCUGCUGGCGGCGCGGGCGUGACCCGCGUCUCGGAGAACGCUUGUGACGCACCGGCGGAGGUUUCGCCACCCGUUGUACCCGUCCCGGAGGCGCCCUCGUGCUCGAAGCAGUGCACCCGCAUCUUCCUUCCCGUCUGCGGCAGUGACGGCAAGACCUACAACAACCAGUGCCUGCUGGAGAUUGCUGACUGUGAAAGCCGAGCUGCUGGCGGCGCGGGCGUGACCCGCGUCUCGGAGAACGCUUGUGACGCCCCGGCGGAGGUUUCGCCACCCGUUGCACCCGUCCCGGAGGCGCCCUCGUGCUCGAAGCAGUGCACCCGCAUCUUCCUUCCCGUCUGCGGCAGUGACGGCAAGACCUACAACAACCAGUGCCUGCUGGAGAUUGCUGACUGUGAAAGCCGAGCUGCUGGCGGCGCGGGCGUGACCCUCGCCUCAGAGAGCGCGUGUGAGGCCAAGACUGAGGCUCCGCCCUCCGAACCCGUCCCCGCGGCGCCCACAUGCUUACAGAAGUGUACCCGCAUUUUCUCCCCCGUCUGCGGCAGUGACGGCAAGACUUACAACAACCAGUGCCUGCUGGAGGUGGCAGACUGUGAGAGCAGUGCUGCUGGCGGUGGGAGCAUCAUUGUCGUCGCGGAGGGCUUGUGUGGAGCCACGACAGAUGCGCCGCCCGUUGCACCCGUCCCGGAGGCCCCCACUUGCUUGAAGCAGUGCACCCGCAUAUUCCUCUCCGUCUGCGGCAGUGACGGCAAGACCUACAACAACCAGUGCCUGCUGGAGAUUGCUGACUGUGAGAGCAGAGCUGCUGGCGGCGCGGGCGUGACCCUCGCCUCUGAGGGCGCGUGUGCGCGCCCCGAGCCUCCCCCUACGUCCCGCAUCGAGGUGGUGGACGUGGCCGUGUCCUGCAGACGGAAGUGUUCGCAAGUUUCGAAGCCCGUGUGCGGCUCAGACGGCAACACUUACGAGAACGAGUGCCUCAUGGAGGUCGCCAGCUGCCGCGCCAGACGUGAGGGGGGCCGCAGCGUGUACCUGCAGUACGGCGGGUCGUGCGACGAGAUGUUCGAGUCCCUGGGCAGCGGCUGCCGCAGAAAGUGUCCGGAGAAGUACGAGCCAGUGUGCGGCUCAGACGGCCAGACGUACGACAACGAGUGUGUGCUGGAGUCUACCAACUGCGGGCGUUGGGCGCGGAAGGAGCAGGGCGUGUACAUCGUGGACGACGCGCCCUGCGGGGCCAAGCAUGGCAAGACAGAGGUGGACUCCGCCCUCAACAUCGUCCUGGCCUCCUCCUUGUCCUCCCAGCAGUCCUCGCCUCUGGACGCCAACAGCCCCUCCACCCAACUGUCGUCAUCAUCUUCCUCGUCCUCGUGCCAGCAGGCCUGCACGAGGGAGUUCAAGCCCCUGUGUGGAUCAGACGGCGUGACCUACAGCAAUCCCUGCACCCUGGAGGUGGCCAACUGCAAGAGCCGCGCCAGGGGAGAAGUCGAUGUGAUGCUGGAGUUCGAGGGUCCCUGUGUGGCCGCCCUGCCCCGGGGUCCCGAUUGCGUGGGGCAGUGCGACAGGAUGUACAGGCCGGUGUGUGGCAGUGACGGGGAGACGUACAACAACCAGUGUCUCCUGGAGCACGCCGACUGCCUCAACCCCUUCGUGUCCAUCAUUGUGGCGAGCGAAGGGCCGUGUGCCACCAGCGCGCCUCCGGUAGCAGGACCAGCAGCAGGACUUCCCCCUUCAGUCUUCCCGGAGGACUCUGAGGACUCUGAGGAGAAGGAGGAGGAGGAGGAGAGUGAGGAGUUUGCAUCCCUGGGGAGCAUCACUGUCACAGCCUACCAGCAGCCUGCCUGAGAUGACGGAGCGGGUGAAGGGUUGUCAAGGGAAGGAACAAUGAGCGAGGGUGAAGAGUACUCCCUUAAGGAAUUCCUGUUUUAAGACGCAUUCAGUUUCUUCCUUAAAAUGCCAAGUUUCCUAGAGUGAAAUUAAGGGAAGGUGGAGGUUUUUAAGGGGAGGGAAAAUGCGAGACGGUACAUAAUUCUUACUUCCCUUCCAGAGUUCCAUUUGUUUUUUGUUUUUCUUUUUUUAAUCAUACAAGUUUCUUCUUUAAACUGACUUGAAUCUCCUGCAGUAAAAUUAACGAAAAAGUUGUGAAGCUUUCGAGGGGAGGGAAAAAAUUAGACUGGGUACAGAUAAGCCCCUCUAGGAAUUACUUCUUAGGAUCGCAUUUUCUUCGUUAAAAUGACUUAAAUUUCCCGGAAGAAAAAGGUGAAGGCUUUAAAGAGAAGGAAAAAUGAGAGAAGGUGAAAAAAGGAUAUAAUUUCUUGCAGUAAAAUUAAGGGAACAAAGGUGAAUGAUUUAAAGGGAAGGAAAAAUGAGAGAUAAGAUAAAAUACCUCCUUUACGAAUACCUUCAAUAAAUUAAGUUUCCCACACUAAAAUUAAAGGAAGGAUGACUUAAAUGCUUAUCAAUAACUGGAAGAAGAUAUUUUUUUUUCCCUCUGCAGAAUUGUGAAGUAAGAAUGAUAGUAAAUAUGAGGCAGGGUGAUGUGUUGCCAGGGUUUGUGCUCACUGGCCAAGGGAGUCCCAGGCUGGUGCAUGGACGGCUGAUUAUUAUGAUGACUAUUGCUAUUACGACUUUCAGUGUUGUUGAUAAUGUUAUUGUUGUUGGCAGUAAAGGCGUGAAAUGUUUAUACAAAGGCGUGUCUACUAUUGUUAUGGAACUAUUACCACUACUUCUACUAUAAAUAUUAAUGAUAUAUAUAUAUAUUACUACUACUACUACUACUACUACUACUACUACUACUACUACUACAACUAUUACGAUACUACCACCACCAACACAAUCACUUCUAUAACUAUACCACCAGCACCACCACCAUCACUACUAAUACUAAUACUACUACUUCCACUACUACAACAACUACCACUACUACUACUACUACUACUACUACUAAAUCCGAGUGGAACAAUACCACUACACUUUCAACGCGAACAAUUUCCUGCCGCACGUCACUUGUCAAUGAGAGAGAGAGAGAGAGAGAGAGAGAGAGAGAGAGAGAGAGAGAGAGAGAGAGAGAGAGAGAGAGAGAGAGAGAGAGAGAGAGAGAGAGAGAGAGAGAGAGAGAGAGAGAGAG